AUGGGCCAUGAACGGCCCAAACCGCAGCAGGGGUUUAUCUCCAAAUCCCCCUUCAAGACAAUGGACAACAGACUACACAGAACCCCCUACAAACCUCACUCGCGAGAGCGAUGUGUGGUCUGCUUGGACAUUGAAACAAUAAUAAGAGAACUGCAGCAGAAGACAGCAGCAAAUUUGCUGCUGCAGCAGCAGCGAGCAAGAGAGCGAUCUAAGCUGCAGCUGCAGCUCGUGCGGCUGCGCAGCAGCCUGCAGCAGCAAGAAGCAAAACAAAAAGAAGCAGCAGAACAACUUGCUGCUAAAGAAAACACAAUCACUCGCCUCCAGGCGCAACUGCGGGCAGCUCAGCAGCGUGCGACGGAGGCGUCUGCUGCUGCAGCUGCAGGGCAUCAUCAGCAGCAGCAACAGCUGCAGCAACUGCAGCAGUUGCAGGUGCAGCAGCAGCUUCUGUUAGGUUGUAGUUCUGCUGCGGAGACUCCACGUAAUAAAACCCUAAACCCUAGAGCUUCUAAUCUUGCGGGUUUAGCAGCAGAUUGUCAGGCCCUAGCAGCAGCAGCAGGAGGAGGCCGCUCAUCAUCAUCAGCAGCAGCAACAGCAACAACAGGAGAAGAUGGUGAUGUUGCAGCAGCAGCAGAUGAAGCAGUAUUGCUGCAGCAGGAGCUACAAGAGAAGGUGCAUGCAUUACGAGGUGUUUCUCCUGUUAUUACGAUUCCUGCCAUAAAACAAUGGCUAAAACUUAAUCUUAAUGCAUGGAAAGCAUUAAAGAUAUGUGAGACACCAUGGAAGUUUGACGAGUUGCAAAAAGAAAAAGAUGCAGCAGCAGCAGCAGCAGCAGCAGCAGAAGCAGCAGAAGCAGAAGCAAAAAAGAAACAGCAAGCAGCAGAAGCAGAAGCAGCAGUAUUUGCUGCAGAGAUCAGAAGACUGCAGCAACAACUCGAACAGACACUUGAUGAAUUAAAAGCAGAGAAGGAUGAGAAGGAGAAGGCAGCAGCAACAGCAGCAGCAGCAGCAGAAAGAGCAGCAGAUAAGAUGCAGCAGAUGCAGGACGAGAUAGAGAGACUAAGUGCAUAUGCAGAAGAUAAACAGCAGCAAACACAUCAACUCAUUGACGACAACAAAGCACUGGCGGAGGCUUUGAAGGCAGCACAGGAGCAUGUUGCUGCAGCAAAGAGCAGCAGCAGCAGCACAGCCGAGCUAGCGAUGCUGCUGCAGCAGCAGGAAGCAACCAUGCAGCGAGCGCUGCUGUCACGAGCAGCAUCACGUUUUAUUGUUAGACCUAAGACAGCACCAUGGUGCAGCAGCAGCAGCAGCAAGAUAGCCAUGCGUCUCCGCAGCAGGAAGACAGCAGCAUUCGCUAAGCGCAGCAGACACAGCAACAGCAGCAGAAGCAGCAGCAGAAGCAGCAGCAGCAGCGGUGGUGAGAAAGAAGGGAGAUCAAGCCACAGAAAACAAAAACAGCAGCAGAAGCAGCAGCAGCAGCAGCAGGAUAUGCAGCUGAAGCUCCAUGAUCAGCAGCUGCAGCAGCAGCAGCAGCAGCAGCAGCAGCAGCAGCAGCAGCAGCUAACAGAGAGGAGCGUGUCUGUUAGUACCGAGUUUAUAUCAGGAGUCGAGGCUGUCCUCUCCUCUGCUGUUGGUGCCCUAAAGCGUAUAGAGGUGCUGCAGCAGCAAGCAGCAGCAGCAGCAGCAGAAGCAGCAGCAGGAGGACAAUGGAACCCACAAACAGCGCAGCAGCUCAGCUGUCUAGAAGAAACUAUACGCAGCAUAGCAGCAACAGCAGAAACCCUCACCAACUUCCUACCUGUGCAGCAACUGCAGCGGCAGCUGCAGCAACAGAGCGAACAGCAGCAACAGCAGCAGCAGCAGCAACAGCAACAGGAUACCUCACAACGGUCUCUCUCUACAGGGGAGCUCUCGGAGGUCUGUAGAGUUGAGGAACGUCUUCAUGAGGCUUCUUCUUUGCUGAUGGCCGUGGAGGCAGCUCUGGUGCCUUCUGGUCUGCAGCAGCAGCAGCAGCAGCAGCAGUUGCUGCAGCAGCAGCAAGCAGCUGACGCCCAAACUGCAGCACUUAUACAGCAGAACAUGGAAUUAGAAGCAGCAUUGCAGCAAGUACAACAGCAGCUCCAUGAGCUGCAGCAAGAAUAUAAUCAGCAGCAGCAAAAGCAGCAGCAGCAGGGUAUACUAGUUCCAAUCUUCCCAUCAGCAUCAGCAUCAGCAGCAGCAGCAGCAGCAGCAGCAGCAGCAAGAGCAACAUCAUCAUCCCCACCAUCCCCAACAGCAUCAGCUGCUGCGGCAGCAGCAGCGGCAGCAGCUGCAGCAGCAGCAGAGAGUUUGCUGCACCACCACCGCCGUUGUCCCCGCCACCCUGACCUAACCCGCUGCGACCAACAGGAGCAGCACCAGCACCAGCACCAGCAGGAUCACCAGCACCAUCACCAUCACCAGCAGGAGCAGGAGCAGGAGCAGGAGCAGCAGCAGCAGCAGCAGCAGCAGCAGCAGCAGCAGCAGCAGCAGCAGGAGGAGGAUAAUUGGUGUUUGUUGGAUGGAGGAACAGAAGAUGUGCUGAGUCAGCUAAAGGAAGCACGUGAGCAGCUGCAGCAGCAGCAGCAGCAGCACGAGACUGCAUUACGGCAGCAGCAGCAACAAUUUGCUGCAGAGCAGCAGGCUUUACGGCAGCAACUAAGACAGCAACAGCAGCAGCAACAACAGGAGCAUAAGUUGCUGCUGCGGGUACGUGAAUCUGAAUUCAAGGCAGCACUGCAGCAGCAAGAGCAGCAAAAUGAGGAAAGAAUCAAAGAGGAAAGAGAAGCAGCAGAUGCAGCUAUGCAAAGAGCAACAGAAGCACAUAAUAAGGCAAUAGAAGAUAUAAGGAUGGAGUAUAUGCUACAAAUACAAACCCUAAAAGAUAAACAACAAAUAGAGGAAAAAAGAAAAAAAGAAAAAGAAAUAAUUAAACAACAAAAAGAAGAAGUUGCUGCAGAAAGACAGAUUGAAGAAGCUAUCCAUAAAAAUCAAAAAGAGAUACAGUUGCUGCAGCUGCAGCACAGCAACGAGCUGCAGCAGCUGCAUGCAUCCCAUGAAGCAGCAAUUUGCUGCAUGCGUGCAGACUUUGAGCGUCAGCUGCUGCAGCAGCAGCGUACAGCAGCAGCAGAAGCAGCAGCAGCAGCAGCAAAAUCUGAGGAGACACUCCAAUCUGCUGCUGCUUCUUUUGCUGCUAAACUUAAACAAACAGAGAAUCAAUUCCUGCAGCAAAUUAAGCAGCAGCAGCAGCAAGCAGCAGCAGAUAGGGAGGAACUUAUACAAAAACACACGGAACGUGUGAAUCGUUUAAUGGAGAGAAUAGUAGAGGGAGAGAAGCAGCAGAUGGAGCAGCAGCAGCAGCAGCAGCAGCAGACAUUUGCAUUACAGCGUGAGGUAGAGGAGCUGCAGCGGCAGCAGCAGCAGCAGCAGCAAGAAGCAGCACAAUUAAAAAAAGAAAGAGAUGCUGAGGUGUCUAUACGGGACUCAUUAGCGCAGCAGCUGUUCCUGCUGCAGCAAAGAGCAGCAAAACAAACAGCAGAUCGUGCAUGCCAAGCAGCAGCAGCAACAGAUGCUGCUGCUGCUCAGGUUGAUCCUCUUGUGCUGCAGUACUUACAAGACUGUGAGGCACACAUGCAGCAGCAGCAGCAGCAGCAGCAGCAGCCUCCGUACUCCCCCACAGCACCAGCAGACACAGCAGCAGCAGCAGCAGCAGAUACAGCAGCAGCAGCAGGCGGGGGAUCACGACUUAGGACUAUCUCUGUGGGGUCUUCUCCUUCAAGAGGAAGCAGCGCAGCAGCAUCACACCAGCAGCUGCAGCAGCAGCAGCAGCAGGAGGAGCUGCUGCAGGGAAGCAUGCAGCAGCAGCAAGAAGAAUUAUCUGCAAGAGUGCAGCAUAUAGCAGAGAGGGCAAAGGCAAGACCUUAUACAUUUCAUCUUGCUGCUGCUGCUGCUGCAGCAGAUGCAGCAAGACCUGCUACUGCUGCUGCUGCUGCUGCACCUCGUGCAGCAGCAGAUGCAGCAAGACCUGCUGCUCUUGCUGCUAUGGCAGCAGAAGCAGCAGCAGCACACGGCCUCCCUCUUAGGCAGCGGCAGGCUAACAGCGGUAUAGCCCUUCAUAGUCUAAAUGGAUCUCGUAGCAGCAGCAGCAGCAGCAGCAGCAGCAGCAGCAGCAACGGGGGGAAUCUACUGCAAGCAGCAGCUGCGCCUCCUCGGUUCCGUGUUGAGGAGACGCAGCAGCAGCAGCUAAGUAGCUACUCCCUGUCUCCUAGCAGCCCAACAGCAGCAACAGCAGCAGCAGGAACAGCAGCAGCAGCAGCAGCAACUGCAGCAGCUUGUCCCUCCCCUUCAUCUUCUCGUCUUUCCUCUUAUAGAAAAAACACCACCGCUAAUCGAACCAAUGAGGUAAGAGCAGCAGCAGCAGCAGCAGCAGCAGCAAGCAGCAGCAGCAACAGCAGCUAG